AAUGCUAUUAAAGUUCAACUUUUCUAUUAACAGUAUCAAUGUGGUUCAAGAUCACUACUUUGCAGAUUCCAAAUACUCACUUCGUGAAACAAACAUGCUGGAAGACACAGAUGGAAAUUUUCAAGGUUACACCGACUUAGCCUGUACAGUACAGCCACAAGAAAUAAAGGCUAACAGAACAGAACAAGAACAGACAAGGGAGAGAGUAUCUCGUCCUAUCUACAUAGAUCUAGAUGAGUUCCGAAACAAAACAAUGCAAGGGAAGCGCGAGGUGCAAAGCCAGGUUGGGAACAUUACCCAUCGGCUUGAGCCCGGUGGUGAAGAAUACAAUUACGCCUCAUCUUCAAAGGGAGCAAAAGUUUUGACCAAUAACAAGGAAGCUAGAGGAGCAAAUAACAUCCUAGGAAGGGAUCAAGACAAAUACUUGCGGAAUCCAUGUUCGGUGGAACACAAGUUUGUUGUCAUUGAGCUUGCUGAGGAAACUUUGGUUGAUGCAUUCAAGAUCGCAAACUUCGAACACUACUCUUCUAAUUUCAAGGACUUUGAAUUGUCUGGAAGUUUGAGUUUUCCAACUGAGACAUGGACCCCAUUGGGAAAUUUUGUUGCUGCAAAUGUUAAGCAUGCCCAGAGGUUCAUGCUCCUUGAACCCAAAUGGGUGAGAUACUUGAGGCUAAGUUUACUGAGUCACUAUGGCUCAGAAUUCUACUGCACAUUGAGUUUAUUGGAGGUGUAUGGGGUUGACGCAAUUGAGCGUAUGCUCCAAGACCUCAUUGUGGUUUCUGAAGAACCAGGUUCGGAUCAGUCACUGAAUCACACCAGUUCAAUUGGAACAAAGUCUUCAAUAAAAGAACCAGGUUCCAAUAAGAGGGAUGUAUCUAGUCAAGUUCAAAUUGCAGUGGAUGCUGUUGGCAAAGGGUUAGAUAACAUUGAUGAUGGGCAAAGGCCUAACAUUGAGGUCACCAAGAAUACAGUAUCAAAUAGCAAUAUUCCUAAUCCAGUUUUAGAAGCUAGGCAUCAGAAUAAUGGGAGAAUACCAAGUGAUACCGUUCUAAAGAUCUUGAUGCAAAAGAUGAAGUCUCUUGAGUUAAACCUGUCAGUGCUGGAAGAGUAUAUCAAGCAGUUGAACCGGAGUCAACGAGAUGUUUUGCCAGAGCUUGAUAAGGAGAUAUCUCGAUGCGCCUUGCUAAUGGAGAAAGUCAAAUCUGAAAUCAAAGGCCUCAUAGAGUGGAAAGAGAUUACGGAAAAGGGAAUUAAUGAGCUCGAAUGGUGGAAAUCUGUUGUGGUAUAUCGAAUUGAUGCAUUGGAAAGAGAGAAUCGAAUGUUGAGGUAAGAAAAUGCAUACUUUUGAUCCUUACUAUUUAUCCCCUAGUAGUUUGGCUCUGAUCAAUCUUUUAAUCAAAUGGAAAACUAUUCUAAUUGAAUCAUGUUGUAUCAAACUUCUUAUUUUCCCAACAUCAACCAUUCAGUCGGUUAACCCUGUCUGCUGGGUGGGACAAUAACAAACAAGCAAAGAAAGGAACUUAAUCAUUUAAUGUAGACAAUAUGAUGCAGAACUAAAAGCUCCA